UAUUUGUGCCAUAAAAAAAACAAUCGAUCCUAUUUAACAAUUAUUUGGGCUUUUAUAUCUACCAAACAUCCUUUUUUGAGCUGUGGUCACUAAAUGAAGGGCUUCUGGACUGAAUGAGUCUAUCUAUUCCCUCAAUUGGAUGGGUAGCAGGGACAGUGUCUCCUGUGAUCUCAAGAAUAGGAGGGAAUGUUGACCAGGGAACACCACUGCGGCCGUUCAGAGGAGCAGGAACCAGAGCCCGGGCUGAGUCCCAAAAAAGCCAGAUCCGGACCGUGGCUCCGAAACGGUUGGAAGUGGAAGAUGGAGGAGCCAGAGGAGCCGGCAGAUGGUGGGCAGUCGCUACCUCCAGUUUACAUCUACAGUCCGGAGUAUGUCAGCUUGUGUGACUCCCUGGCCAAGGUCCCCAAACGGGCCAGUAUGGUACAUUCUCUGAUUGAAGCAUAUGCACUGCAUAAGCAAAUGAGGAUAGUGAAACCCAAAGUGGCCUCCAUGGAGGAGAUGGCUACAUUCCACACCGAUGCCUAUCUGCAGCAUCUCCAAAAAGUGAGCCAAGAAGGAGAUGAGGAUCAUCCGGACUCCAUAGAAUAUGGGCUAGGUUAUGACUGUCCAGCCACUGAAGGGAUAUUUGACUAUGCAGCAGCUGUAGGAGGGGCUACAAUGACAGCUGCCCAGUGCCUGAUUGAUGGGAUGUGCAAAGUAGCCAUUAACUGGUCUGGUGGAUGGCAUCAUGCAAAGAAAGAUGAAGCAUCUGGUUUUUGUUAUCUCAAUGAUGCUGUCCUGGGAAUAUUACGAUUGCGACGGAAAUUUGACCGUAUUCUCUAUGUGGAUUUGGAUCUGCACCAUGGAGAUGGUGUAGAAGAUGCCUUCAGUUUCACCUCCAAAGUCAUGACUGUGUCCCUGCACAAAUUCUCCCCAGGAUUUUUCCCAGGAACAGGUGAUGUAUCUGAUGUCGGCCUAGGGAAAGGACGGUACUAUAGUGUAAAUGUGCCCCUUCAGGAUGGCAUACAGGAUGAGAAGUACUACCACAUCUGUGAGAGUGUACUAAAGGAGGUGUACCAAGCCUUUAAUCCCAAAGCAGUGGUCUUACAGCUGGGAGCUGAUACAAUAGCCGGGGAUCCCAUGUGCUCCUUUAACAUGACUCCAGUGGGAAUUGGCAAGUGUCUCAAGUACAUCCUUCAGUGGCAACUGGCAACACUCAUUUUAGGAGGAGGAGGCUACAACCUUGCCAACACGGCUCGUUGCUGGACAUACUUGACCGGGGUCAUCCUAGGGAAAACACUAUCCUCUGAGAUCCCAGAUCAUGAGUUUUUCACAGCAUAUGGUCCUGAUUAUGUGCUGGAAAUCACGCCAAGCUGCCGGCCAGACCGCAAUGAGCCCCACCGAAUCCAGCAAAUCCUCAACUACAUCAAAGGGAAUCUGAAGCAUGUGGUCUAGUUGACAAAAAGAGAUCACAUUUCCAGCGCUGAGCAGCAGUGCCUGUAAUGAAGACAGCGUGUUUAUUCGAGCAGUUUGUGGAAUUUGUGACUGCAGGGGAAAUUUGGAUGAAAUUACUUCCUGAAAAUUUCCAAGGGGCACCAAGUAGCAAUGGGCCUCCUGGGGUGAGAAGGCAGGCACCCCAGAGUCCUCAACUAGCUUAGGGGAAGAGGAAGAUAGACAACAUUUAAUGUAUUUUUUAAAAACACACAAAUGCAGUUUUUAAUCUUUGAAAAUUAUUUUUAAGUGAGUUGGGGAAGGGGUGUUUUUAUUUUCUUAAAGGAACAGAUCAGAAGCUGGAGGAAAGUGUGGAGCUCUGGUCACCAGUUUGUUGACGGGAACUGCUGACAGGCAGGGUUUGGAUCUCAGGACCAUCCAGAUGGAGCCCCAGGGAAGGGAGGAAACAAUCAGUAAACUGGGUGGUGGGGUGGAGUCCACUACUGUUGUUUUAGGAUUCACUAUCUAUUUUGUUUUUUUAAUAAAAUCUUUGAAAACCUA